ACUUCCGCCACAGCGAUGGCGGCGCAGGGAGCAGCUGCGGCUGUUGUGGCGGCGACUUCAGGGGUCGCGGGGGAGGGCGAGCCCGGGCCCGGGGAGAAUGUGGCCGUCGAGGGGACCGCCCCGUCCCCGGGCCGCGUCUCUCCUCCGACCCCAGCGCGCGGCGAGCCGGAGGUCACCGUGGAGAUCGGAGAAACGUACCUGUGUCGGCGGCCGGAUAGCACCUGGCAUUCUGCUGAAGUGAUCCAGUCUCGAGUAAAUGACCAGGAAGGCCGAGAGGAAUUCUAUGUACACUACGUGGGCUUUAACCGACGACUGGACGAAUGGGUAGACAAGAAUCGACUGGCACUGACCAAAACAGUGAAGGAUGCUGUGCAGAAGAACUCAGAGAAGUACCUGAGUGAGCUGGCCGAGCAGCCAGAACGCAAGAUUACUCGCAACCAAAAGCGCAAGCAUGAUGAGAUCAACCACGUGCAGAAGACCUAUGCAGAGAUGGACCCCACAACGGCAGCCUUGGAGAAGGAACAUGAAGCGAUUACCAAGGUGAAGUAUGUGGACAAGAUCCACAUUGGGAACUAUGAAAUUGAUGCCUGGUACUUCUCACCAUUCCCUGAAGACUAUGGGAAACAGCCCAAGCUCUGGCUCUGCGAGUACUGCCUGAAGUACAUGAAAUAUGAGAAGAGCUACCGCUUUCACUUGGGCCAGUGUCAGUGGCGGCAGCCCCCAGGGAAGGAGAUCUACCGCAAGAGCAACAUCUCUGUGUAUGAGGUAGACGGCAAAGACCACAAGAUAUACUGUCAGAACCUGUGUCUGCUGGCCAAGCUCUUCCUGGACCAUAAGACAUUGUACUUCGACGUGGAGCCCUUUGUCUUUUACAUCUUGACUGAAGUGGACAGGCAGGGGGCCCAUAUCGUUGGCUACUUCUCCAAGGAGAAGGAGUCUCCAGAUGGCAACAAUGUGGCUUGCAUCCUGACCCUGCCCCCUUACCAGCGCCGUGGCUAUGGAAAGUUCCUUAUCGCUUUCAGCUAUGAGCUGUCCAAGCUAGAGAGCACGGUAGGCUCCCCAGAGAAGCCGCUAUCUGACCUGGGCAAGCUCAGCUACCGCAGCUAUUGGUCUUGGGUCCUGCUGGAGAUCCUGCGAGACUUCCGGGGCACGCUGUCCAUCAAGGAUCUUAGCCAGAUGACCAGUAUCACCCAAAAUGACAUCAUCAGUACCCUACAGUCCCUCAACAUGGUCAAGUACUGGAAGGGUCAGCACGUGAUCUGUGUCACACCAAAGCUGGUGGAGGAACACCUCAAAAGUGCCCAGUAUAAGAAACCACCCAUCACAGUGGACUCUGUCUGCCUGAAGUGGGCACCCCCCAAGCACAAGCAAGUCAAACUCUCCAAGAAGUGAGUGGCCAGUGCCGCCACUGCUGAACCCAUGCCUCCUUGCCACCUAGCCUGUAAAUAUGUACAGACCUGUUUGGACCCUCUCCUUUUUUAAAUAAAGUAAGUUCUGCCAGUG